GUAUCUUUCAAUCCAUGUCCUUUGAAAAUCUUACUGCAGCUGCCCGAUUGUGCAAUCUUCAAACUUAAAAGAACAAUCGUAGGGAACAUCUGGUCUAUUCUUCUGGAUAUCUUGUGCAAGUAUUAGAAGCAUUCCCAAGAUGUCAUCCCGUGCCAUGAGAAAACUGUGUCAUGAACCUGACAUUGUGCUCAAGGAUGAAGAAGUCAGUGAUGAGGAAGAGGAAGUAGAAGAUGAAAAGGGGGUCCAAGCAUCGAUAGAUGAUGCUGUAACGUCUAAGAAGCCCAAGAAGAAGAAGAAGAAGAAGAAAGUUGUGAACCCAUUCGAGUUGCUGAACGAUAUAGACGAUGCUCAGUCUGACAAUGAAGAGACUGCACAUGCUGCUGAAUCGGUUGAAAACCAGAAUCAUACGGAUAAAAGCACUGAAAGCCUUCAAAAUGGAUUGGAUACUGCUAAUCAAACUACAACAGAAGUGAAAUCAAAAAAGAAAAAGAAAAAGAAGAAGAAAAAACAGAAGGGAGGAGCAAGCAGUGGACAAGCAGAGGAUGAAGAUGAAAUUGAUGCUAGUAUACGAGAGAUCAAUGAGACCUCAAAGACGUCUCUUCCUCUCUCAACUUCUACAUCAUCAUCAUCAUUUGACCAAGGUUCCAGGACGGCAAACUCUAAACCCUUGUUAUGUAUUGAACACAAGCAUCUCAACCCAGAGAAUGAGUUAAGGAGGAUAUUUGGAGCCAGUGUUAUUAGAAAUGAACAAAGGCAGAGAGGGAGGAACAGGCAGUACCAGAAGUCAACCUGGCUUGUUACAGCCAAGCAAUCAUGGCCUAAAAUGUCAAAAACAGGUUUGUCGAUGCGUUACAUUACUACAGAAGGAAGAUAUCAGACGUUUGAAUAUGAGCAUUCUAAGGAUUACCAGAACGUUCAGUUUGAUUUCUUGGACGCGGUAGAAAGCAUGAAUCCUGCUAAUAUUAUGGCCAUAAUGAAUGCACACCCCUACCAUAUAGACAGCUUGCUUCAGCUGAGUGAAGUCUCAAGGAUCAACGAAGAUAUGGGCAUGUCUAUAGACCUUAUAGAAAGAGCACUGUACGUGUUUGAGAGUACCUUCCAUACGCUUUUCAGUCUAGCCGAGGGGACAUGUCAGCUGAGUUACAGACAUGCGGAGAACAGAGGAUUCUUCAUAGCCCUCUUCAGACAUCUAACAUGCCUGGGUCAGAAAGGCUGUAACAGGACGGCUCUGGAGUUCUGCAAGCUCUUGUUAGGAUUAGAGCCAGAUAAAGAUCCUCUAGGUGUCCUUCUCAUGAUGGACUACUACGCUUUGAAGACGGAUCAGAACGAUUACCUCAUCAGAAUGUACGCUGAGUGGGAGGCACAUCGGAACCUGUCCCAGCUUCCUAACUGGGCAUUCUCCAUUGCCAUGGCAUAUUUCUAUAGCAUCACAUCUUCCUCUUCAUCAUCUUCAGCGUCAUCUGAUAAACCAGAUACAAGCAGAGCUGAUUCUCUUCUACAAGAUGCCCUGCUUAUGUUCCCCUCAAUACUUCUUGCCUUGCUGGAGAAAUGCAGUAUUCAACCGGAUGCAGCUAUCGCUAGCCAUUCUUUCUUCACUCAAACAGUGGAAACUCAUGCAGCUCUGACACAGCUAGUGGAGCUGUUUAUUGCAAGGAAUUAUUCUUUUUGGAAGGAAUCAGAAAGCAUGGCAUGGCUAGAGAGGAAUGCUAGGGAGGUCAUCCGCAGAGUGGAUGCCGGAGAACCAAAGGUCAAGGAAUAUGCGGAAAAAAGAGAAGCCCGCUACUAUGGGACACCUCGGAACAUCUACCGACACAUCUUCCUCUCGGAGCAUCUUGGAGUCAAACUCAAGCUACCUCCAGAGCUUGCUAACACUCCUGUUAUGUCGUUUGACCCGCUUCCACCCAAAGACUCCGAUAUUGGUUACUCGAGGCCGGACCAUCGAUUGAGGCCUGUCUCGAGAGGGCGAGCAGGAAAUAUGUUUACCGAGUUUCUGCGCUCACUCGUUCCAUCUUAUGUGCCACCGCCCCCUGGUGAAGCAGGAGCCGAUGACGGGGAAGCAGACGGGGAGGAUCUGGGAGCUGCAGGAGGCUACCUCAGCCAGAACAGCAACCUGCGGCAGGGAGUAGGAGCAGUCAUGGAGGCUAUGAGGGAGCUCCUACAGAACAUGGAGCCGCCGCCUCAGAGACCUGGAGACAAUCCUGAGGAGGAGCAAGGUGGAGAGGGGGACCACAGCUUGAAGAGCUAGACUGAGAAAGGAGCUCCUUCAGAACAUGGAGCCGCCGCCACAGAGGCCUGGAGACAAUCCUGAUGAGGAGGAGUAAGGUGGAGAAGGUGGUCCACAGCUUGAAGAGCUAAACUGAGAAAGGAUCCCUGGAGGGUGUUUCACAAAGCAUUUUUCAAUGACAAAUGACAAAAAUCAGUGACAAAUACUGAUAACCAAUCAGAAGCAAGGAUUUCAGUAGCUUACAACAAAAUCUAUCAUAUGUCACGGAUGGCAAGUUUGUGAAAUGCCCCCCUGUUGGAUAGGAUUUGAUUUUGGUAUAACAUACAUUUUCCAAAAGGAUCCAGCCCAAAUCAUCUCAGGCUUAGUUUUUAGUGAAUGACUGCAGAGACAUCUGUUUGUAAAUCUAAAAAUCUGUCUUGAAAUGUAAUGCUACAGCUUACUUCUCACAGGAAUUACGAGUUGGUCUAGUGGUUGCGAUCUGUCUUCACCUAAGAACCGACUCUGAGGGGUCUCAGUUCAAGACUGAGUCCUGUCUUUUGGAUGGUGAUGUUGAGGGUUCCUCACCAGACGUGAAUAUUCAAAUCUGAUUGAUACACAUUUGUACAAAUCUAAUUAGACACAUAUCUCACAGAUGGAAUUGCUGCUGGUCACUUCGAAUUAAACUUCAUAAACUGGUAUCCCAAGAAGAAUUGUUGAUGCAUGACCUUAGCUUACUGGUCAUUUCAAAGAACAAGG